UUCUUCAUUAUUGCUUAGUUAUCUUCAAGAUUUGAGUUGUAUAUAUAUGCAUAUGUCGACUGAUUUUGCAGAGAUGAUGGGGAAAUCUUCAUCAUUUGAAGACGAAAAUGGCAUCAAGAAAGGACCGUGGACGCCUGAAGAAGAUAAAAAGCUUAUCGAGUUCAUUCAGAAACAUGGUCAUGGAAGUUGGAGAGCACUUCCAAAACUUGCUGGGUUGAAUAGAUGUGGAAAGAGUUGCAGGCUUAGAUGGACUAAUUAUCUCAGACCUGAUAUAAAGAGAGGAAAUUUUUCUGAAGAUGAAGAGCAAAUUAUCAUCAACCUCCAUGCAGUCCUCGGAAACAAGUGGUCUGCAAUAGCACAGAAUCUGCCAGGGAGAACUGAUAAUGAAAUCAAGAACUUCUGGAACACUCAUCUGAAGAAAAAGCUUCUCCAAAUGGGAAUCGACCCAGUCACUCACAGCCCAAGAAGCGACCUCAAUCUACUUUCAGACCUGCCGCAGUUGCUUGCUGCGGCUAAUUUUAAUAAUCUUAUGAACAAUGUCACUUGGGACAAUGGUCUCAGGCAAAUCCAGCUUUUGCACAAUAUUAUCCUCCAAACGUUAAGCAGCAACCCUCUUCCAAAUAUGGAAGCUGCAGCAACUAAUCUUAUUGGAUCAAAUGCUAUUUACGAAGUUGCAGGUUAUAAUUCUGUUCCCCCACUGGACAUCGAAGCUCCUCAGCCACCAUUAAAUGAUCAAUACCAUCCCUUGAAGGACUCAAAACCUGGCUUCAAUGAUAAUGGCGAAAUGGGAUCUUCUUCAUAUGUUGUCCCAAUCUCAAACCGACUACUUCCUCCAUUUGUUUCAUUUUCACCUGAUGAUCACCACUGUAACCAAACAGAAACCUGUUGCAGGAUCAACCCAUAUGACAUUUCUAACCCUUCUUCUACUUCAACCACCUUUGAAGCUUUGGGAGAUAUUAUGGAUGAUGAGGCAAGUUGUGCUUACUGCAGAGAGAUAAUUGACCAAGCAUCUUCUCAACCAUGGGCAAUGUCGGAAUAGGAGCUAGAGACGUGUACAAUGUCGUCUCCCAUAUAAUAAUUUUUUUUUUUUUUUUUUCCUUCUUCUUCUUUCCGUUGUGGAUUAAAUAGCUCUUUUGUGUAUAUGAUACAAAUGAAAGUAUGCGAUAGUGUGUACAAACAACAGCAAAAAAACAAUACUAUGUUCAUGUAUAC